UUUCACAGAUCACUGGUGGUGUACACUUCAAAAAUGUUCGAAGCGAAACUUGCUAGUGCUGCAACACUGAAGAAGAUUGUUGAUGCGAUCAAAGAUCUCGUCACCGAUGCACCGUUCGAUUGCAGCGAAGGGGCCCUAUGCUUACAGGAUAAAAGUCAGGAAGUUGUCGUGAAAAUGAUGGAUAUCGACAGUGAGCAUCUCGGUAUCCCAGAGCAAGAAUAUUCAGCUGUUGUUGCAAUGCCAGCAGCAGAAUUUCAGAAAACGUGCCGUGAUUUAGCGAUGUUUUCGGAUUCGUUAAUGAUAACAGUAACAAAAGCAGGAGUGGUUUUCACCGGUAAAGGUGAUGUUGGAUCAUCGACGGUCACUUAUGCACCAUCAAGAGAUGCAGAUGAUGAUGAUCAGCAGGCAAUAGCAGUUGAGGUCAAGGAGCCAGUAACAGUUCGGCUUUCACUGUCCAAUAAUGUGCCUGUGGUUGUGGAAUACGCUCUGAGUGAAGAUGGAUAUUUGCGCUUUUAUUUAGCUCCAAAAAUUGACGACGAUGAGUCGGAAAUGAAGUGA